GCUGCCGAGAACUAACUCUGUCUCCCCCGCCCCUUCCCUCCAACUCCUUUCCCCAAUCUGCCCCUCCUUAGAUGUGUUUGCACAGACGAGUGCCGAAUGGGGAGACAGACCAACUCGUUGGAUCGCUUUGCGCAAAAUCCACCCCUUCUCUCUCCUCCCUCCCCUCCAGCCUCCGGAUCCCGCACAGCCCUCCCUCCCCUUCCCACAGCAGUGUGGGUUUGAGGAUGUGUCUCUACUACUAAGGCGGAAGGGGGCUACAAGCAGUGGGUAAUGUCAGAUGCCCAGCUCUCCCCUUCUACCUAAAGCUCCUCUCUGGCUGCACCAGGGUUAGUCUGUGUAAGAAAUAGCAGGAACUGUGGCAGCAGCGAGAAGAAGCGGCUGAGACGCGUGGAACCUGAAAAAGUCUGGGUGCUCGGGUUUACCUCAUAGCGAGGUCCCAGCCAGCCGUCAGCACCAUGGACAGCAGCACCGUCCCCACCAACGCCAGCAAUUGCACUGAUCCCUAUACGCACUCUUCAAGUUGCUCCCCAGCACCUAGCCCCGGUUCCUGGGUCAACUUCUCCCACCUAGAUGGCAACCUGUCCGACCCAUGCGGUCCGAACCGCACCGAGCUGGGCGGGAGCGACAGCUCGUGCCCUCCGACCGGCAGUCCUUCCAUGAUCACGGCCAUCACCAUCAUGGCCCUCUACUCCAUCGUGUGCGUGGUGGGUCUCUUCGGAAACUUCCUGGUCAUGUAUGUGAUUGUCAGAUACACCAAAAUGAAGACUGCCACCAACAUCUACAUUUUCAACCUUGCUCUAGCAGAUGCCUUAGCAACCAGUACCCUGCCCUUCCAGAGUGUCAAUUACCUAAUGGGCACAUGGCCAUUUGGAACCAUCCUCUGCAAGAUCGUGAUCUCCAUAGAUUACUAUAAUAUGUUCACCAGCAUCUUUACCCUCUGUACCAUGAGUGUCGAUCGUUACAUCGCAGUCUGCCAUCCCGUCAAGGCCCUGGAUUUCCGUACUCCCCGCAAUGCCAAAAUUGUCAAUGUCUGCAACUGGAUCCUCUCUUCAGCCAUUGGUUUGCCUGUAAUGUUCAUGGCAACAACAAAGUACAGGCAUGGUUCCAUAGAUUGUACACUCACAUUCUCUCACCCAACCUGGUACUGGGAAAACCUGCUGAAAAUUUGUGUUUUCAUCUUUGCCUUCAUCAUGCCUGUCCUCAUCAUUACAGUGUGUUAUGGACUGAUGAUCUUACGCCUCAAGAGUGUCCGUAUGCUCUCUGGCUCCAAAGAAAAGGACAGGAAUCUGCGAAGAAUCACCAGGAUGGUGUUGGUGGUUGUGGCUGUGUUCAUUGUUUGCUGGACUCCCAUUCACAUUUAUGUCAUCAUUAAAGCCUUGAUUACAAUCCCAGAAACUACAUUCCAGACCGUUUCCUGGCACUUCUGCAUUGCUCUAGGUUACACAAACAGCUGCCUAAAUCCUGUCCUUUACGCAUUUCUGGAUGAAAACUUCAAACGAUGCUUCAGAGAGUUCUGUAUCCCAACUUCCUCCACCAUCGAGCAACAAAACUCCACUCGAGUCCGUCAGAACACUAGAGACCACCCCUCCACGGCCAAUACAGUGGAUAGGACUAACCAUCAGCUAGAAAAUCUGGAAGCAGAAACCGCUCCAUUGCCCUAAGUGGGUCUCAUGCCAUUCAGACCCUCACUGAGCUUAGAAGUCACCAUCUAUGUGGAAGCAGGUUGCUGCAAGAACCUGUGGGAGGCUCUAGUUUCCUAGGAAAAUGCCUGCUUCUGAGUCAUCAAAACUCGAUCCUCUGUGGCCACUCCACUCUGCACAUGUGAAGGAUAUGUCCACUAAGUCAAGUGCUGGGAAGGAAAGGUCUCUACCACACGAAAGAGUCCAGCUUGUGUACAUAAUCAUGAGAAAGAUGCCCAAUGGGACCAAAACACACCAUGGUAUGUGAAUUGGGGUCAUCAUAGGAGAUGGCCCUUCUGUGUGUAAUAUUUUGUUUUCAAGCAAAUAUUUAUGACCUCAUCAAAAAAAAUCAAUUGUUAAAUUCAGCAUGGUGACAUGUAAAGUAAGUGCUACCUCUGAUCAAAGGACCUUGUGUGGAAAGCCCAAGACUUUAUGUAGUCUUCUGUAAGGAAUACUUUUUUCUAUUUUCUAUCUUUGACAUUAACCUUAAAAUUAUAUUCUGGUUAAGACAUCAUUUCCACCUUCAUUUCUUGGUUUUGUAUUCUUUUCAAGAAUAACAUCUCUUACCUAGCUCCAUAAUUGCAAGGGAAGAAAUUAACAUGAAACGUAAUCUGAAACACAGCAAUGUGUCAGCAGCAGAAAGGUCAAUUCUUGGGCAUUGCAGGUUCUUCCCAAGAGUCUUCAUGGGAGAUUGUCCAUUC